AUGGACCAAUCUCCAAUGGACCGCGGUGUGAGAAUGCUGGCAUCUAUCAUGGAGAAUCGGGCAAUGACGCAGGGAUGGAAGGAUCGCAUCCCUCGUCUGGAUCGUCUCAAGAUGCUGCCGCUCCGGGAAGUGAUCAGGGAAUUCAAGGAUCGCUUUGAGCAGCAGCAGCAGCCCGGGAAAGAUCGGGCGAAAUGCCGGAAGCUCAAGUGCUACGAGGGCUAUGGCGUCGCAGGAUUCCUUGGAGCCGAUCCCGCGCGAUCCGGGCACACUGUCGUCUCCGCGAUCGAGGCCUGCGACGGCUGUGUCAUCUUCAUCGUGAUCUUCAAUGCCGUGACGUCGGAUUCCAGCGCUGGCCAGGUUUGCUCCUUGUUUCCCAGGGAUGUGGAGGUCGUGCUCAAAGAGCCGGUCCUCUCCACCGUGGAAGGAUCGCAUUUCCCGCUGCUCUUCGUCCAGUCGCCACUGUCGGUGGAGAUCGUCGAGGCGAGGAAGAAUCUAUUCUCCAGGAAGGAGGAAGCUCGAGAGAUCAGGCUCAAAGGCAACGAGUUCUUCGCGGCUGGGAGCUACGUCCUUGCGAGGCUGUGCUACGAUGCUUCCAUCGCAAGGAGCUCCAAGAAGAUCACCAGGAAGCGCGACGACGAGGAGUUUGUGCUCGCGUCGUCCAACCGGGCGGAAGUUUUUCUGCGGUGCCAGAGGUACGAGGAAGCCAUAGCCGAUUGCAACCAGGUCCUGGGCAUCGAUCCACGGCAUCCCAAGUGCCUUUACAGGAAAGCAAUGGCGCUCUCUGCGCUCCAGCAGCACCGGCAAGCUCUGGAACUGCUCAACAAGGCCUUGACUGAGGAUCAUUCUUCUUCUUCUUCGCCUUCCGGAAAGGUGGCGAUCAAGUCCGCCAUCUCUCGAUGCUCCAAGCUGCUCAAGCAGUCCGAGAGUGGAGUCUACGAUCUGGAAGAGUUUCUUCUCAGCUCCUGCCGCCAGGAUCUAGCUCCCGAGUGUGCCGACUUCGUCGGACCUGUGGAGAUUCGGAUGACUGGAGACGGGCGUGGAAGGGGAGUGUUUGUGACUCGGCGAGUCGACUGCGGAGAGCUCCUCCUCGUCGCGAAUCCCAUCGUCUACGUCCCCAACCUGGACAGGAAGCUGAGCGAGGCGGAGCUGCAGGGAAACUUGGUGGUGGAGACCGUCCGGGUUGGAAACUCCAGCACCCGGGCUUUGAAGCAGAUGGACGCGCUGGCGAUUCAUCACAACAUGACCGGAGUUCCCAAGCUGGCGAACUUCGGUAGCAACAGCGAGCUCGAUACAAAGGAGCAGGCGAGCUCCAUCUCUCCAGCCAGGGCGAGACAGAUUAUCAAGAUGUCGUCGUUCGGGCCCAGGCUUGGUGGCGACGUUCCGAAGUUCGCCGGCAUCUGGGGACUUCCAGGAUUGAUCAAUCACUCGUGCCUGCCAAACGUCGCCUCGGACGUGUUUGGCCGAGCCAUGAUGAUCCGAGCAGCCAGAGAUCUCGAGGCUGGCGAGGAGAUCGUUCUGUGCUAUGUCGAGUGCCUGGCAUCGUGGUGGGAGCACCGGAGGGACGAGUGUUUCAUCGACUGGAGAUUCACCUGCAAGUGCAAGCGGUGCGAACUGGAGAGCAGGCAUCACGAGCAACUCAAGACGGUUUCGCUCCAGCAGGUGGACGUGAUCGACAAGUCGCUGGAGCUCCUGGCGAUGGCUGCGCAGGUCUCGCAGCUGGAACAGGUGCUGGACAAGCUCGACAUCGCCGAGCUCGAGAAAGUGUGGAUACGCGCCGGGGGAGCCGAGCUCUACUGCAACUACGCGAUCAACGAGCUGGGGUCCUUCCACGGCAACGUGUUCGUCGGGCACGUCCGGGUGAUGGAGAUGCUGCAGUUCACGGCCCCGGGAUGGUUCAAGACGAGAUUUCUCCUGGCUCGGCUGUUCUUGACGUGCCCCGAGCGAGACAAGGAGAGGGCGAUGAAGAUCCUGGUGAGAGGUAUCACCGCGGCAUAUGGGAAGCUCCAGGUGAAGACGCUGCUCCACAUAGCCGAGGCGUUUGGGACGGACGAAGGGGUGAAGAGGAUGAUGGGAGUUUAG